AUGCUUGAUUAUAAAAUUGAAUAUGAAUCAAUAUCAUCAUUAAAUUUAUGUCGUGGUAGAAAAGGUUCACCUGUUUGUAUGUUUACUGAUAUAUGUCUAUCGAAAUUUCCACCAUUGGAUGAUAUUAAUUAUAAAUAUUGUUUCGAAUGUAAUCGUUAUACACUAUUAACAAAUCAACAUUGUUCAUUAUGUCAACGAUGUGUGAAGGCUGAAAGAAAUCAUUGUAAUACAUGUAAUGUAUGUCAUUUACCAAAUCAAUGUAUAACGACGACAAAUAAAAAAGAACAUUCUUUGACAAAUAAACAGAAGAAGAAAAAAAGAAAUUAAAUAAAAAUCUCAGUUGAUUACAACAUCUCCUCUUUUUUUUUUAUUUGUAGUUGAUGAUAGACUGGGAUACAUUGUUUAGCAACCCUUUGAGAUUGGUUCUUUUUAC